AUGAGAUCGCCACCCAAACCUGCUGCGCAAAACCACAAGAGAUCAGGAGGUGGUUCGUUGUUUCAGUUUGCAGAUCAGCCAACGAAUCCUUCAAAUGGGCAACUGGCGAAAUUCACCACAUCGGGAUACAUGCCUUCCGAGCUGGGGAAAACCCUCACCCGGGCCGAAGCCUGUGAACACUCGCCCGAAAGCACGACAGUACGAUGUGAUGGCGAAACACGUUGGUUAAGAAGAAAGGAUCUUAUUGACACUCUUUAUGCUGAACUUCCUCCUGGUGCCGUAAAAUUUGGUUUCCAACUUGAAUCAAUAAAAUUUGACCCGUAUUCUAGCAAACCAGUUCUUCGGUUCAUUGAUGGAAGCUCCAUCGUAGCUAAGGUAGUAAUUGGCUGUGAUGGUGGCAAGUCAAUAAUUGCCCAAUUCCUUGGCCUCAAGCCUACUAAGAUAUUUCCUUUAUGUGCGGUUAGAGGUUUAACAUACUACCCAAAUGGCCAUUCAUAUGACUAUGAAUUUGCUAAGGUCAUGAAAGACAACAUUAGUGUGGGAAGAGUUACUAUUGAUGAUAACUUGGUUUACUGGUUUUGUUUCCUUCCUUACAUCCCUAAAGAUGAAAAAGUUUGGGAAGAUCCUGAGGUGACACGACAAUUGACCCUAGAACUUCUAAGCAAUCAUCCCCAAGAGAUUCACCAAGAGAUUCACGAACUGAUUGAAAACGCAGACAUGAAGUCAUUAUCUAUUACACAUAUGAGAUAUCGCGCACCAUGGGACUUGUUAACUGGCUCAUUUUGUAAAGGAACAGUGAUGGUUUCUGGUGAUGCUAUGCAUGUCAUGGGGCCGUUUUUAGCGCAAGGUGGUGCAGCAGGGAUAGAAGAUGCGGUUGUGUUGGCUAGAAUAAUGGCUCAACUAGAUUUGAAUAGUGUUGAAAGUGGGAGUAAGGUAAUGGCCCACAAAGUUGAGGAAUCAUUUAAUCAAUUUGUGAAACAACGAAGGAUGAGGGUGGUACGAUUAUCAUUGCAGACUUACAUCAUCGGUAUGCUAUCUGGUACUCCAUCAUUUAUAAAGAAGGUUAUAUAUAUUAUGUUACUGGUUGUUCUCUUUCCCAACCCGUAUAAUCAUGUGAAUUAUGAUUGUGGUGAUCUUUGAUGUGUUCGAAGAUCUUUA